AUGUCGGGUGUUCGCUGGGCUCCUCUGCCCUGGCGUCGGCCCGCGCCUGCUUCUCUCCCGAAAGCGGCCGCUGCGAAUCACUCGGAGAAAACGCUGGAGGAGCGUGACGGCUCCUGGCUUCAGCAGCGGGAUGGAGCGGUGUGCUGUGGCAGGAGGGAUGGCUUAGGUCGGCGUGAGGAAGAGCCGAAUACACUGUUUACUUCCUUUGUUGUUGAUGAAGUCAGUGGCAUCAUUAAAGAGGCCAUAGAAAGUGCGAUAGGUGGCAACGCCUACCAGCACAGCAAGGUGAACCAGUGGACAACCAGUGUGGUGGAGCAAACGCUAAGCCAACUGACCAAGCUGGGGAAGCCUUUCAAGUACAUUGUGACCUGUGUGAUUAUGCAAAAGAAUGGUGCUGGGCUACAUACAGCAAGCUCUUGCUUCUGGGACAACUCCAGUGAUGGCACCUGCACUGUGAGAUGGGAGAACAAGACUAUGUACUGUAUUGUCAGUGCCUUUGGACUUGCAAUAUAAUUGCCUUGGAAUCAUUCAUCCUUCUCUUUUCUACUCCAGCACUUGAUUCCAUCUCUUCUCAAACUGUGAAUACACUGAACAACUUCUGGUUUUAAUGUACUUUUUAAGUAACUUUUUUCAAAGGUAGAAAUGUGAAAACAUGCUGUUACAUGGUUUAUGUUUGUACUUAGUAUCUAUCGUACCAGUGUUGCCAUACUGUCUUAACACUUCAAGAACCUCUCCUCAAGGUGCUAAUACUGAAAUCUGCUGCAGUGCAAACACUUUCUCUAGAUUUCUUUUUUUAAGACCAAUAUAAACAAGACACUGACUUUCACACUUUGUACUUUUGGUUAGCAUUAAAUUAUUGAAAUUCAUAA